CUUUACGGUUUGUGAUUCCUUUUCCCACCCACUAUACGUUCCUUCUUUCUUCUUUCUUUUCUCUCCUUUACCCUCUAAUGCCUCUCGUUCGUUCACAGUCUGCUUGGUCUUUCGCUUCCAAUUCAGAUUCCCCAUAUCCUGACAGCGUCAAUAGGCGAUCUCGUGGUGAAUUCCCCUCAAUAUACGAGAAGGUCUUCAAUUUUCCUCUGAUCAGCUCCUACUGGCCCUUAUUCCGAAAAUUUCUUCAGCUUGCCCUUGCGGUAGACCCACAGCUAUGGGGGUCGGAGCUGUCUGCAAACGUGGUUGAAGCGGACGAUGAGUUGCACGCUCCGGAUAAGAAGACCAGGGAUAUAGAGCACGAUGGAAAUGCGUGGUCAAAACGGGGUGUUCUGAAUCUGGGUUUUCUGCUCUUCCUGUGUUCAGGUAUUAUGGCAUUAUUUAUUGGUUAUCCGGUAGCCCAUUCGCUUUUGUCACCCUCGCUUUCUACACAAGGUGCAUUCAACAUUGGCGGUUUGAAUGCUAGCGGCCAGGUACCCACGAUGCCGGGAAAUUGGGGCUUGAUAGAUCUUGAAACUCCACAGGAGGUGCAAACUCUACCGUCAUGGAAGGAUCCUUCCAAAACCAUGCAACUUGUAUUUUCCGACGAGUUUAAUACACCAGGAAGGUCGUUUUACCCUGGAGAUGAUCCUUACUGGGAAGCAGCCGAUCUUCAUUAUUGGGAAACCAAUAACUUGGAGUGGUACUCUCCCCAGGCAGUAACUACUGCCAAUGGGUCUCUGAUUAUCACCCUCUCUGAACAGAACACACACGAUCUGAAUUUUCAAGGCGGCCUGGUUGCUACUUGGAACAAGUUCUGUUUUACUGGUGGUUACGUAGAGACGUCACUGGUGAUUCCGGGAGCAAAUAACGUGUUGGGUCUCUGGCCUGCAGUCUGGACCAUGGGGAAUUUAGGGCGAGCAGGAUAUGGUGCGACAUUAGAAGGCACCUGGCCAUACACUUACGAUACUUGCGAUGUCGGCACUGUACAAAAUCAAACAAUAAACGGACAGCCUGAAGCUGCCACAGUCAAUGGGGAUACCGGAAAAGGCGGUGUCUUGAGCUACCUCCCAGGACAGAAACUUUCGAGGUGUACGUGCGCUGGAGAAGACCAUCCAGGACCUAAACAUGACGAUGGAACCUUCGUGGGCAGAUCGGCUCCUGAAAUAGAUGUUCUCGAGGCUCAGAUUGACCAAAACACGUUCGUAGCUGAAGUCUCGCAAAGUGCUCAAUGGGCACCCUUCAAUCGGGCAUACAUAUGGAAUAAUGAUUCGGAUAAUAUGAUUCUUGCGGACCCCUCAAUUUCACAACUCAAUGGCUUCAUGGGCAAUGUCGAGCAACAAGCUACCUCAGUUGUGACUGCUACUAAUGCCUCUUGCUACGAGUACGACGGAGGAUGCUUCCAAACUUACGGUUUCGAGUAUAAGCCAGGAUUCGAUGACGCGUACAUCACAUGGAUUUCGAGUGGAAAAAUAUCCUGGGGAUUAAAUGUUGCUGGGCUUGGCGCGGACUCUUCUGUUGAGAUCUCUGCUCGACCAGUUCCGCAGGAGCCGAUGUAUCUAUUAGCAAAUUUAGGCAUGUCUACAAACUUUGGACCUGUAGAUCUAAACCACCUUCAAUUUCCUGUUCAUUUAACCAUUGACUAUAUCCGCGUAUAUCAGCCUUCGGAUGCUAUCAACAUUGGAUGUGAUCCUCCUGAUUUCCCGACCGAAGCAUAUAUCAACAAGCAUCUCGAAGCAUAUUCAAAUCCCAAUCUGACAACUUGGCGCGGCGACUACGGUCAGCCUUUCCCAAAGAAUAGUUUCCUGGGCCAAUGCUAGAACACGCUUGCAACGACCAUACCUGAUCGUCCUUCCCCUCUCUAACACGGACUUGGAUUAGCCCACCCAGCGUGUACAAUGCUUGAAUGACUAGACACCACCUACCUAUCUAUCUCCAAGUUGAUCUUCGAUGUUGUCCUUUCUACGACUCGCAUGUCUUGCUUUCCAUACUCGUGCACCUUGCUCAAAUUGUGCUUUCAUAUUUUGACUGGAUAUACAUAUACAUUGCAUUGUUGUCGUUCUGUUGCUUUCAUACAUCCUGCUGACCGCUCUUGGACGUUCUUAAUAAUUACUUCUUCUAUGGACAUACCCCUCCCAUUUCAAAGCUAGGUGCUUGAGUUGUAUCUGUACUCUUUCUUGUACUAUUCGUAGAAUAUGAC